GAACUUCAGCAAUAUUUCCAGUAGAAUCGUGUUAUUUCGUGAGUAUGGAUCGUGAGUACGAGAGGCGGCUAUUACGGCAGCAGAAUGGACCAGUCACAUCACCCGCCUCGCCUCUCUCGCCUCGUAGACAGGUGACAGUUGUAUCUAUACAGUCACCUAGUAAAGAGAGGACAGGUGACAGGUUCAUCCCCACCAGAGCUGGUGCUAACUGGGAUGUUAACUUUGCACUUAUACAAGAGAACAACAAGGUGAACAGUGAAGUCCGUAAAGGUCGGGAAGGAGGCGAGGGUAAGGACGGUGUGGCGUACACGACACUUCUGAGGAACGAACUUCUGGGCACCAAUAUUGAUGACCUGAGGGAUACCCAGGAUGACAGGCGGGCACUGUCACCAGUGCACACUCCUAACUUAUACCAUUUUUCCCCACGGAAGAAUCACCAGAGAGAAGAUGCACUGUCUCCGUAUUCCUUGUCUCCUGUCAGUGCAAAGAGCCAGAAGUUGUUGCGGUCUCCUAGGAAAGCCGCUCGCAAGAUAUCUAAAAUCCCUUUUAAGGUUCUGGAUGCUCCGGAACUGCAAGAUGACUUCUACCUGAACCUAGUUGACUGGAGUUCACAGAACGUUCUAUCUGUAGGCCUAGGGCACUGUGUCUAUCUGUGGUCAGCCUAUACAUCCCAAGUGACCAGACUGUGUGACCUCUCCCUGGACGGAGACUCGGUAACAUCUGUCUCCUGGUCGGAACGAGGUAAUCAAGUUGCAGUAGGAACGCACAAAGGCCUAGUACAAGUAUGGGAUGUUGCCAGCAGCAAGAGAGUGUGUAUAUUGAAUGGUCAUACAGCACGUGUGGGAGCCCUGGCCUGGAAUGGUGACGUGCUGUCUUCCGGCUCCAGGGAUAGACUCAUUCUUCAGAGGGAUGUUAGGACUCCUUGUAUCAUCCCUGACAGACGGCUGGCUGGACACAGACAGGAGGUGUGUGGGUUGAAGUGGUCCCCAGACAGUCAGUACCUGGCCUCCGGUGGUAAUGACAACAAACUGUUUGUGUGGAACCUGCACUCCCUUACUGCUGUUCAGACUUAUACUGAACAUAAUGCUGCUGUGAAAGCUAUUGCCUGGUCACCGCAUCAUCACGGGCUACUGGCCAGCGGAGGAGGGACGGCUGACCGCUGCAUACGCUUCUGGAACACAUUAACCGGACAACCCAUGCAAUGUGUGGACACUGGUUCUCAAGUUUGCAACUUAGCAUGGUCAAAACAUGCUUCGGAACUUGUAUCGACUCACGGGUACAGCCAGAACCAGAUAUUAGUGUGGCGGUAUCCAUCCCUGGCACAAGUGGCCAAGUUGACUGGCCAUACCUACCGUGUCCUCUACCUGGCCAUGUCCCCUGAUGGCGAGGCCAUUGUCACCGGCGCCGGUGAUGAAACCUUGCGAUUCUGGAAUGUCUUCAGCAAAGCUCGUUCACAAAAGGAGUCAAAGUCUGUGUUGAACUUGUUCACAUCUCUACGAUAACCAAGUUCAUAGAACUUAGCCAAGUUUGUGGGACUUUAGCCAAGUUCGUGGGACUCUAGCCAAGUUCAGGGAACUUAAGCCAAGUUCAGGGAAUGCUAUCCAAGCUCAUGGAACAAUAUCCAAGUUAAUGGAACUUGAACCAAGUUUUUGGGGCUUUAUCCAAGUUCAUGGGAUGAUAACCAGGUUCACAAAACUUGAUCCAAGUUGCUAGAACCUGAUCAGAGUUGAUGGAACUAAAUCUGAGUUGACAAAACUUGAUCCAAGUUGGUGGAACUUGAUCACAGUUGCUGGAACUUGAUCACAGUUGCUGGAACUUGAUCCAAGUUGACAGAACUUGAUCUAAGUUGCUGGAAAUUGAUCUGAGUUGACGAAACUUUAUCAAAGUUACUAGAACUUGAUCCGAGUUGACGGAACUUGAUCAAAGUUGCUGGAACUUGAUUCAAGUUGCUGAAACUUGAUCUGAGUUGAUGUAACUUGAUCAAAGUUGCUGGAACUUGAUCUGAGUUGCUAGAACUUGAUACAAGUUUCUGGAACUUGAUCUGAGUUGUGGAACUUGAUCCCAGUACUGGAA